CCAUCAUGCUUCCGUGGCGUGAAGGACAGGGAAUGAUCCUAGGAACCAACAGUCACAUUGGCGCUUUCAGCCCAAAAUUAGGCAGACCGGACCAACAGUUUUCGUGUUUGCCACCAAAACGUGCAUCGCAUAUAGCCAGCUGGUGCCCAAAACUUCAUGCAUCACGAGGUUUCACUCGACAACCUUUGACCUUCUGAUUCUCGUGUUGUGUUGUUUCCUGUUUUUCAUUUCCAUUCACAGUCACGAUCCUGGAGCGCUGUCGGCUGUGCCUGUCAUGCCAAGAACGCUCUGGUAGCGAGUCAUCAAACCACCAAAUCGCAACCGAAUCGACAGUGGCAGAAGUCGAAAAGGAUCCGCUAUCAUGGCCCGGGCUUGUGCGUCAAUGAUACUCGCCAUCUGUCUGUUGACAUUCAGCCACUACACAUCUGCGUUGCAGGUCACUCCUGGCUCGGCCUGCGCUGCGGUCUGUCUCGACAACCCUGAAGACAACCCUAAUGACCCGAUCAAAUCUACAACUACACCAAAAGAUGUCGUCUGCACGGACUCGAAAUACACGACGCAAGCAGCGGGCAUCAAGUACAAGAACUGCCUGCAGUGCCUGCAAAGCAGUCAUGUUUCAAAGGGCACAGAAAGCGAUGCCGAUUGGUAUCUUUACAACCUUCGUUACACGGUGAAUGUCUGCUUGUAUGGCUAUCCGAAUGUCACAAUGGAGCAGCUGGUAUCAUCGCCAUGUAACACAGAAUAUGCCUGCCAGCCCUUUGAGGAUGCCUUGCAGGUUGGAAUUCUCAACCCAGACAAGACAGGCGCGCUGGAUUACUGCACAGCGGAUGGUGGUUCAUUCACGGGACCCAGAUUCAGCAGCUGUGUCAAGUGUCUGCAGUCGAGCGCAGACCAGACCUACCUAGCGAACUUUAUGAUUGCUCUGAUGGGCGGCUGCGACUACCGCCCUAAUUCGGAAACCCUAUUAGGACUCAGCAGCUCAGUCUUUCAAAGCGCCGAGGUCGAAGUGAUUGAUCCAUCGGCGAACACGACCCUUUCAGAGGGCAACACAACCCAAGGAAUGAGCGUUGGCGCCAUUGCCGGCAUCGCAAUUGGUGCCGGCCUGCUCUUCCUAGGCGGCACAGCACUCUUCUGGGUCUACUACCGCAAGCAGAAGCGGAUGUACAACCUUGAUCCAAGAGAAAUCUCCCACCCGCGAAUGUAUGACCAUGGCAUGCCCCCGCAUUUCAUGGGAGGCGGCAUGCGAAGUCUACACAGCAAGAACAACUCGCUUGCCAGUAGCUUCGAUGCCCAAAUGAAGCCUGCUCCGGUUUUCAACUAUACCCAAAAGCUGUAUCAGCAGGACGCGCGCAGCAUCACAUCAGCGGGGAUCGGCCACACAAACUACAACUUCGACCCUCACCAACGGGCACAGGGUCCGAAUGCCGCCUUACCUACACACCCGGCAUACAUACCACACACGAUGAGUCGGGCAGGCUUGACUCGGUCGCCCAGUCCUCCUCAGCCGAACCACCAGCGGUCCCAAAUGGAACACGAAGGGGCACCCGAGGGUCCGCAGUUUCAGGAACGUCAAAAGCCUCCGAAGCCACGAACGCUGUCGUCUUUGUCAAUAUUCCCGCAGAUGUCGACUGCAGCCCAUGCCCGAGUCGAGGCGUAUGUUUUGGAUGACUCGAACAGUCACCCACUGCCAGUGCACGAGGGACUUCCCCAGCUGCCCAGGGCGGUUGUCACAGCCGGAACUGGUUCUCGCGGUCCUUCGCCAGCUUUCAGCAACCACCAGCACGCGACUCCUCCCCGUGGUCCUUCGCCCAACGAUGAUCCCACGGCACGACUGUUGCCUAACGGAGGGUUCCCACCACCUCCUCCCCCACCGCCAGCGGCUUCCAGAGCUAUCAAGCUCUCUAUGCCGACGGUGCCCAAGCUCCGCACCGCGAAGCAGUACACCCCACCUCAAAUCGUGACGACAUCGCGAGACGAGAGCGGAAGCGGGACAGGCAGCCUGUCUCCAGACUGUGGCCCGGGCGAAUCGAACGUCACAAUCGGCCUUGACAUUGGCAACCCGCUACCUCAGCACCGCCCUCGCUGGGCCAACGAGAGCACCGCUGGUGUCAGUCUCCCGGGUCAGAAUGGACACUUUCAACAGCAGCAGCAUCAGGGAUAUGCGGGCGGCGCGGAAUUCCAGUACGACAAUGGGGGCUGGCGCGGGCAGGGCGUGGCGAGGAACUUCUCGAACCCGUACAGCAAGGCGAGACUGCCGGACAGGUCGAGGCGCGAGACACAGUUCGAGGACCUCGAGACGCCUGCUUCGGGGAUGUCGGAGAGGAUAUACGGCUGAGUGACAAAAGGUCGGGCACCUUCCACUUUUUUUUACAUCAAGGGCGGGCGCAACAUCGAAUCACUUUAUUAUAUAGCAUUGGGCGGGGACUAUAUUUGGCAUUUACAACAUAAUUUGAAACGAGUAUGCGGGUACCCUAUAUCCUGAAAAGUUGCAAACACA